AUGUACUUGGGUCUGUUCAUAUUGUUUUAUUCUUUCAUUUUUAACGAUGGAAAACAUUUCAAUGGAGGAACUAUUCGAUGGGCUCCCAUUGAUCCUUAUGAUAAUUCCUCUUCAAUUGAUAUUACUAUUACACAGUCUUAUUCAUGGACAUAUCCAUAUGUAAAAUGUCUCAACAAUGUACCAAUCUCGACUAGCACAUGGGCUAAUGCUAACACUAAUCUAACUUGUGUUGUUGACUGUUCGACUGAUGGUGGUUAUUCUAAUACGUCAGUUAAUAUUCUCACCGAUUGUACAUCAGCUAGUUCAUCAUUGCAAAUGAUGACAAGUGAACGAUCGAAAAAUAUUACUCUAUUUGCUGAUGCACAUUUUUAUCUAGCUAAUAGAGGAAAUGCUUGGGCGCCGUUAAAUGAUCCUGCUGAAACAGGUCUUGAAUGGUCUAUUGUAACAUAUAUCGAUCUUCGCAAACGACCAGAUGGAUUUAUUAAUACUCCACCUGUUGCUUCGAUUGUUUCUCCACAAUAUGUCAUUGUAAAUAGAACAUUACAAAUUGAUAUUCCUGUUUCAGAUGCCAAUGCCAACGAUGAUGUACGUUGUCGAUGGUCGACAUAUACAUAUGGAUAUCGAAGACGAAAGCGAUCCAACAAGGAAGAAUAUAUCAAGCAUCGAUCUGACAUUAAUUUUUACGAACAAGCAGCUAAUGAUAGAGAACUGAUUCGUAUUAGGGAAAAAAGAAGUUGUUCUGGCUGCACCAGUUCAUGCCCAA